AUGGCAACAACAACUAUGACGAGUACGCGUUUGCGCUUGAACUCCUCAACACAAUUGCGGUCGCGCACAAUGAAGGCGGCUGUAAAUCUACAGCUUGCCGAGUAUGAUCGUGCUGGAACUUUAAAAGCACAAGACAUCGAGUCGGUAUCUAGUGUCCCCUCAAAGAAUACUUCCAACAUAUCAUCCCGCAUCGAUAUUCUGCAUCCAACCCCCCGCAAACAAGUAUGGCGCAAAAUCCUCGACGUCUUCCUUCCAGACGGCUACCCUAACAGUGUAAGCUCCGACUACACAUCCUACCAAAUCUACGACUCCUUCCAAGCCUUUGCAGGCACCAUCGCAGGCAUGAUCUCCUCGCGCGCAGUCUGGGAAGGUCUUGGUGUCGGCGACAGCAGUGCUUCACCCACAGGCGCGAUGCUCAUCCAAGUGAUCCGCGAAUGCAUGGGCAAACUCGGCACUAUCUACUUCGCGCACCUAAUUGGAACGAGUAUCGAAGCCGAGUGCAAGGCGUAUAGAUUGGGCGCGGACGUGCUUACCGAUGCAGCCAUGGUGUUGGAUUGCAUGAGUCCUUACUUCCCUGGUGAAGUGCGGUUUCUGGUGCUAUGCUGUAGCAGUGUGAUGUUCAGUGCCGCGGGGGUUGCAGGGGGCGCGAGCAAGAGUUCUCUGAGCGGACACUUCGCGAAGUGGAAUAAUCUGGGGGAGCUGAAUGCUAAGGAUGGGAGUCAGGAGACUGUCAUUAGUCUUAUGGGGAUGCUUACGGGAACGCUGGUAGCCUACACAUGUUCCCCAACUGGAUGGGUGUAAGGGCUGU